AUGGGAAAUCGCGAGUCGACUGGGGACGAGCAAGCCGAGGAUGGACUCCCAGCUGCUCCGCCGGAUUACUAUGCCUUGCUCGAGGUCGACGAGUCCGCGACGACGGACGACAUCAGACGCUCGUUCAGGAGGCUAGCACUGGUUCACCAUCCAGACAAAAAUGUGGACGAUGUGGAAAGAGCCACGAAGCGGUUCGCAGCAUUGCAACAAGCGUACGAGGUUCUCAGCGAUGAUCAAGAGAGGGCUUGGUAUGACAACCACAAGGCUUCCCUCGUCCCUGAGCCCGAUGCUCAAACCGUGUUCGAGGAAAUCAAGAGAGGGGCGCCUCCUCCUCGAGCUCGUGGCCGAGGCUUGACUGUCCGGCACCUCGCUCUGUUCCUCGAUAUCUCUAUCUAUCAUGGAUUUGAUGACGGCCCGGAUAGCUUUUUCACAAUAUACCGAAACUUGUUCGACCGCCUGGCUUACGACGAAAAACAAUACGUCGACAUGACACUCCCGUCCUUUGGCGAUUCGACAUGGCCCUGGGCGCCUCCAUCAAAGACGGAACAAGAGAAGGCAGCACGAACGUUCUACAAUUUCUGGCUGAACUUCCUCACAAAAAAGGACUUCAAUUGGGCGGAGCAGUGGAACAUAUCUGAAGCACCUGACAGGCGGGUGCGCAGAAUAAUGCAAAAAGACAACAAGAAAGCUCGCGAAGACGCUCGGAAGGAGUAUAAUGAUACUAUCAACGUGAGAACCCUGCAGCUCGUAGAGGCGAGCUUAAUUGACGUGGGCUUUCACCGUCAGUCUCUCACAAGGUUCGUCCGCAAACGCGAUCCCCGCUACAAAGCCCACAUCGCACACCAAUCGCAAACGCACACCCGGACCCCUGCGUCCGGGUCGCGCACGCCCGCCUCCGCACCGACGGCUGCACCAGCGCUCGUCCCCGAAUUCGUCGAGCAGGACUGGCAAAAGGCCACGCGGACGGACGUCGACGAGGCGGCAGAUCUCGAGUGGGCGGCCGCGGAAGGUGUAGAAGCAGAGGUGUGGGAAUGUGUCGCGUGCGAGAAGACGUUUCGCAGCGAGGCGGCGUGGGACAGCCAUGAGCGGAGCAAGAAGCAUCUGAAGGCGGUGGAGAUGUUGAAGCGGCAGAUGAGGGAGGAGGAACAGGAGUUGGGCUUGGGCAGUGAGGCGGAGGGAGACGAGAUGGAAGAGGAAGAGGAAGAAGAGGAGGUCGGAGAGGACAAGGAUAUUGAGGAGCCCUUGCCAUCGCCCAGUCUGCAGAAAAUGUCGGACCAUGAGGAUGUACAAGCACAAAGCAAAGAGCGAAUCGAAGAGAAUGGAGAAGAGGAAAAUAUACCGCAGCCAAAAGCACGGAAGGAAGCGAAGAAGGCGAGGGCUGCAUCUCCCGAAUUUAUGCUCAAGUCCGAGAGAAAGAACCGCAACCUCUUCAACGACGAAGCCGACCAAUCUAUGGGCUCGAGCCCGCCAGCAGAGACCGAACAGGACACAGCAGGAGACGGCACGCCUGAACCCGGUCCACCACAGCCUCAGCUGUCCAAGCGGGAGAAGCGGCGGGCAAAGGAGGCGGCGAAGCAAGCGCCAGGGGAGGCUACUGCACAAUGUAAUGUCUGCAACUCAGAAUUCGAGAGCAGAACGAAGCUCUUUGCUCACGUCAAGUCAACAGGUCAUGCACUCGCCUCCCCAGCUGACGGCAGUCAAGGUCAAGGGGGGAGGAAGAGUAAGAAGGGAAGGAGGUAG